AUGCAGUGCAUCAAAGUGAUAGCGAGCGUUUUGCUUUUCGUUGUUCUUGGUCUCGCAUUUAUUCGGGAAAGUCAAUGUACGUCUCUGGAUGAUUACGUCAAAGCCGCUGAUCCAAAUUUUAGUUGGACAGUCAUUCAAACCUAUCAAGAACCUGAUUAUGUUCUUUAUAUUUUAAAUUUUACAUCACAAAAAUGGUUCGAUGAAAAAUUUUCCAGUCGACCAAUCUGGUGGCAUUAUUUGUGCAUUAGUGUACCGCAUAAACUUACCCGACCGAACACAGCAUUCAUGUUGAUCGAUGGUGGUAGCAACAAUAAUGGAUUGCCAAAACCACAAGAUAAUUUUGUUAGUUUAACAUCGAUGUUUGCUGUCAGUACUGGAAGUAUUGGUGUUGAUCUUCAAGAUAUUCCCAAUGAACCGAUUCGUUUCGUGGCUGAUCCAACAAAUCGAAGUCGAGGAGAGGAUGCGAUUAUUGCGUGGACAUGGAAUACAUUUCUUCAAAAUACAAAUAACCCUUAUGUACUUCUUCGUAUGCCAAUGACAAAAGCAUGUGUGCGUGCUAUGGAUGCUGUACAACAAUUUGCAAAACAAUUAGGCGUUAUAGUGCCCCAGAAAUUCGUUAUUGGUGGUGCUUCGAAACGUGGUUGGACGACUUGGACAACGGCUGCAGUUGAUAACGAACGUGUUGUUGGUGCUGUACCUAUUGUCAUGGAUAUUUUAAAUCUUAAUCAAAACUUUCACCAUCAUUAUCGCUCAUUGGCUGGUUGGACAUUUGCAUUUAAAGAUUAUUAUGUUCUAAAUAUCACUCGAUACGUCGACGAUCCAAGAUUACAACAAAUGGCGCAAAUUGUUGAUCCAUACAGUUAUUUCGAUCGAUACAGGAAUAUGAAAAUCUUACAGAUCCAAUCGAGUGGUGAUGAAUUUUUCUUACCAGAUAAUGAAGAUGCAUUCUGGCAUGACUUACAAGUAGCUACCGGCGGUUCGUAUAUUAGACGCUUACCUAAUGCUGAUCAUUCAUGUGCUGGUCACGAAAUCAGUCUAUUCCUUACCAUGCGAAGUUUCUACUUAAGUAUCUACGAUAAUCGAACUCUACCGUCGUUUACAUGGACGAAAACAUCGAAUAAUACGCAUGGAUAUAUUCGUGCUACAGUUGAUUUUAGUGCUGGUCCCAAGCCAAUCAGUGCUCUUGGUUAUCACGCGCGAACAAUGAAUGAUAAAAGACGUGAUUUUCGUUUGGUAAUUGCUGAUCCGAAUAACCCGGAUAAGAAAAUCGUAAAUCCUGUCAUUUGGUUGAAUUCUAAUGUUGUAACCGAAUCGCAAACUACGACGACAGUUGUGUAUUCAUUAACAGUGGCUAAUCCUCUGAGUGGUUGGGAAGGAUUUUAUAUCCAAGUGAAUUUUCCCGGCCCCGAUGGUACAGUUCUCGAAUUGACAACUGAAACGCAAAUCAUUCCUGAUACAUAUCCAACGGGUGACUGUACAGGUGCUAGCUGUUUCGGUACUCUUGUCUAA